AUGGUUGUUACUUUUCCCUUUUGUUAUAGUUUUUUUCGUUGGAACGACUGGUUCCUUGGUAAUAUUGCUACUUUUAACUAUUACUAUAGUUUAAACUAUAUGUUGGUUUACUGCUACUUAAGGCGCUUUUUGGACGAGAUUGUUUUCAAUCUUGGGUUAUCCAUUAGCGGUCGAUGUUUCGAUGUAUGUUUGACUGCCUGUUUUUUGUGUGUUUGGCUUGGAUAUGUACACGUCGGCGCUUGCUUAUUUUCUAGACGUUUUCCUGCUCUUCUCUUCCCGUUUGAAACAACGAGGAAAGUUCUCAACGCGCCUGGGCAAAAUCAGGAAAUUAAUGCUUUCUCUGGAAUAGAACCUCCUGGCAGAAAGAGGAAGGUUUGUGAAUCUUCUACAUUGUUUGAUGUUUUCAUAAACCACAGAGGCCCUGAUGUCAAACAAACUUUGGCUGCUCAGCUUUACAACUCCCUUACGCAGCUAGGAAUAUGGACGUUUCUCGAUAGCGAAGAGAAAGAACUGGGAACUUCCUUUGCUUCUAUUAUCGACACAGCCAUCCGCUCUGCUAAGGUACACAUAGCCAUUUUUUCCAAAAGAUAUGCAGAGUCCCCUUGGUGCCUGGAUGAGCUGGUUCUAAUGUUAGAAAGUACGGCCAAAAUCAUUCCUGUGUUUUAUGAAGUGGAGCCAUGGGAACUCCGCCGCAUUGAAAAGGGAGUAUACGCUGAUGCAUUCAGUAAACAUAAAGAGAAGGGCAGGCACCUCGAGAAGCUUAACGUGUGGAAGGAAGCCCUUCAAUCUCUUUCGUUUAUAGCUGGAGAAGUUAUUCACGGUGAUUUGGGCGUUUGCCAAAAGAUAGUAGCAGCUGUGCAAAAAGAAGUAGAAAGGACAACACUUUUACAUGUUGCCUUACAUCCAGUGGGGCUUAACAAUCUUGUAGAAGAUUUUGAAAGGCGAUGCCUUGACGAACUUGUACAAGAUUUUCAAUAUGAGUGCGAGCAGCAAGGAGGGAUGCAUAAGGAUAACGUAGUUGGCAUUUUUGGCAUGGGCGGUGUCGGGAAGACAACUCUUGCCAAAGAGUUGUUUAACCAAAAGAAAUCACAAUACAAAGCAGCAAGUUUUCUGUUUGAUGUGCGAGAAGCGGCUGUGAGAAACGAAUUGCCUUCUUUGCAAAGUCAGCUUCUCAAAGAUCUCUUCAACAAAGAUCUGAGUUUUACAUGUGUAGAGAAAGGAAAGUGCUGUAUAGAAGAUUACCUACGAAGGAGCCCCCGCAAUUUAGGCUUCUUGAUUGUUGUAGAUGACAUCGAUCAUCUGGAGCAGUUAAAUGCUCUAAUGGCCAAGGAUGCCUUAAGUGAAUCUUCUAAAGUUAUUGUCACAACGCGUGACGUUGGGGUUCUUAUAUCUGCAGGGAUAACUGUUGCUUAUAAUUUAAAAGGAAUGGGUAGAGCUGAUGGGAGAGAACUCUUCUGUUGGCAUGCCUUUGACCGAUCCUAUCCGGAUAGCGGGUACGAGAAGUUAGUUGACUCCUUUGUAGAGUUGUGUGGAGGCUUACCUCUGUCUCUGCAAGUUUUGGGCAGGCACGUUCGUGGUAGAGAUGGUACGCAUUGGAGGUCAGAACUGAUUAAAGUUGGCAAGACGCUGCCUCGGGACGUAAAGAAAAGACUGCGAAUAAGUUUUGACGCAUUGGAGGAUGAACAGAAACAGAUCUUCAUGGAUAUCGCUUGCUUUUUUGUGGGCAGACUGAAGAGUAUAGCAGAGAGAGUAUGGGAGGGAUCAGGAUGGGACGCCCAACUUGCAUUGGUAACACUCAAAGAGAAGUGUCUUUUAGAAAGAAAAGAAUCUGUGAAGUAUGAGGGACCUGUAUUGAGAAUGCACGACCACCUGAGAGACUUGGGAAGAGAAAUGGCAGCUGAGUUCAGCCCUCCUCAACGCCUGUGGCGUCCUCAAGAUCUGAAAUCUUUGGACUCAAAAGAUUUCGAAACUAUACUCGCCAACACAAAUUUCAGGUGUUUCUAUUCCAUUUUCCAGAAGUCCUUGGGCUCUGAAGUUACAUUCUUUUUAAGUCCGCCAAAUAAUUGCUUUGAGAAGUCAGCUUCCUUACUAUGGCUUCAGCUUAAUCGCAAUUCCACAGAACAACCAAGCAUUCCUCCAUGGAUUCCUCUUCAAAAUUUGCAGUAUUUGAAAAUCAAACACGGACAUUUCAGAAAGUUGUGGGAGAAUGGAAUACAGGCACCGUCUCAGUUGAAAGAGCUGCAAAUAUCUGAGAUCUCUUUGGAAGAGUUUCCAGAUUUAGUAGGAAUAUCAAAAGAUAAUUUAGAAAAUGAGGAAGGGUCUAGCAUUGUCAAAGCCCAGAUGAAUUGCCUUGAAAAUCUACAGAUAAAGAUCAAAGGUGAAAAAUGUGUAUCUGGGAUGAUACUCAGCAGUACAGACUAUCCCAACCUUAAGUCAUUAAAACUUAAUGGCUUGGAAAAUCUUAUGGAAGUGAAUUUAAUAGGUGUAGACACAUUAUGUUUUCUUCAUAUUAAAAAUUGUAAAAAACUGAAAAGAUUAACAGGAACAUCCGAGCUUAUAAAUCUUGAGAGGUUAACCAUUAGUGAUUGUCCAGACCUUGAGUUGGAAUACUUGUGCUUCAGGGGCAUGAUGUGUCUGGAGAAGGUAAGUUUUGGUAGAAAUGUUAAGGUGAAAUGUUUUGAGUUAGAUGGUUGUCCAAAAUUAAAAGCAACAGAGUUUUCUUGUGAAAAGCUUGUAGAAUUGAGCAUUCGAGGCUGUCCGAAGCUUGAGAAGUUGCCAGAUUUUGAAGGUCCAAGCUGCCUCGAGAGGAUUCUAAUUGAUGGAUGUGGGAAGUUGGAAAAUCUUCAAUUAAAUGGUUGUCAGAAUUUGAAAAUUGUGUCAGGUAACUUUGAGACUACAAAGUUGUAUAUUUGUGGUUCUCCUGAGCUUGAGGAGUUGCCAAUUCAUGCCACACUUGUCAGUCUGUCUAUAAAAAAUUGCAGAGAUUUGGAAAGAGUAUCAGGAACUGGUGAGUUUAUGGAGCUUGCAGAGCUGAUUAUUAUUGAGUGUCCUAUGCUUGAGAAGUUGCCAAGUAUUGCCAAAUCGACCUCCGUCAAGAAAAUUGUGAUAGAGUCUUGUGAGAAACUACAAAACAUAUCAGGAACUGGAGAGUUUAUGGAGCUUGCAGAGCUAAUUAUUCGUAAGUGCCCUAUGCUUGAGAAGCUGCCAAGUUUUGCCAGAUCGAUCUCCAUGAAGAAAAUUGUGAUCGAGUCUUGUGGGAAACUGCAAAACAUAUCAGGAACUAUUAAGUUUAUGGAGCUUGCAGAGCUGAUUCUUAGUGAGUGCCCUAAGCUUCAGAAGUUGCCGAGUCUUGCCAAGUCGACCUCCAUGAAGAAAAUUGUGAUCGAGUCUUGUGAGAGACUGCAAAACAUAUCAGGUAUUGAAGAGUUGCAUGCAUCCGAAUACAUGCAACUUCGCUAUUGCAGUAAUGCAGUAAUACAGAAUUGCAUUCACAAGUUGAAGAGUGUGCCAAGGAGAAUGGAUAUGAUUGGAAGAGCAGUGCCUGGAGCGGAGUCAAUUUUAAACGAAUAUCUGUUUUCUGACGUUCGAAUUGGCGCCGAUGCAGUUACUGACAUCGUUCAAUUUGGUGAUGAAAACAGUGAUGACGAAGACAGUGAUGAUGAGAGGGAAAAAUGGGAAGUAUUGAGUGCAGUUAUUGUGUGCUUUGUAGUUGCGGUUGAUAGAUCCUCUAGUUCACUUGAGGAUAUAAAUCAGUCACUUGAAAGCUAUAGCAUUAAAGUGCGUGAAGGGGGAUGGAUAAUUACAAUGAUAGCAUGUGAUCGGAGCCUCUCUUCUUAUUGUAAGAAAAUUUCAGAUGUUUUAACGAGGUAUGGAGUGAUGAAAAAGGGGUUUCGGGUAGAGCUGAAGAAAGAUGAAGAAUCGAAAAGUUUGAAAGUUUUACAAAAAAUUGUUGAUAAGCUACAUCAUGGGUGCAGAGCGAUAGUUUUGCGGGCAGUGAAAUAAUGUUAUUUAUUGAUUAUUAGACUACAAAGGAGAAUUUCACUUCUCAAAUUUGUAAUGGUGAAAUUAGAAUACAGCUUCAUUUUAGUAUUAUCUGCCCUAGUUAUUUUUGAAGUUUGUAAAGGCGAAAAGAAAUUAAUUGAACUCUUAAAUUCUAGUGUUUAUUUCACUUA